AGAGAAGAGACAUUUGGACAUUUCUCCCCUCGUACGAAUAGAGGAGGGAGAUUCCUCCCCGGUUGACGCUCCUCGAGAAGAUGAGAAUGUAGAGGAUCGAAGAAGAGUUCGAGUGUUUCGGUGGAAGAGGAUAUAGAUUCGAAGAAGUGUUCAAUCGCGGUACUAAGAAUGACAGUACUAAGGAUGACCUCCCCGGUGACUCCUCCAUCGAGCAGUCCAGGUUCGAACGAGGCCCAGGCGCCCCAGGCGAUUUCGAAGCCUGUGCACCGAUUGAGCUUCUCCGUCGCUGCCCUGUUGGCCGACACCAAGAAGUCGGACUCAUCCAGACAGGAAACGUCCUCCGUGUCCCCAAGAUCGUCUCCCCUCGCCUCUUACUCCCCCGUCAGACACGAUCAACUGCCAAUCAACUCGCCAAACCCCACGCUGCAGAAGGUUUGUCCAGGUGAAUACAGAUCGAGAUACCUGUCACCCGCUGCCCAGGAGCACAGGUCGAGCGCUCAAUACACCACCACCACCUGUGACACCCCCAGAACCUCCCUAGACGCAAGGACGUUGACCAGGCUCCCGGAGAUCGAGGUGGACAGGUUGGAAUCUCCGACACCCCGCUCCAGAACCAUCGACUACGUAAUCCAAACGGAAAGUGGAUCCACGUCGGAAGUGAUACCCUGUUCCUCGUCCCCAAAAGUAUCGUCGUCCACGCUUGGCCAUCCAGAAUUUGGCUCUCAAUCGCCGAGAAGCAGCUCGCACGAGGGCAGGUCCAGGUGUUCGGAACCGGAGGACAUCGAGGAGGAGGACGAGAACAGUUUGGUCGACGUGGAGGAUCUGCAACAUCAUCAUCACCAUCAUCAGGGAAGCAGCCCAACGCCGGUGAGACCAACGCCGGCAUACAUCGGGGGAUUUUCCAGUUUGGGAGGCAUCUCUGGCAUUCCAACGGGGCUUCAUCCCGCCGUUUGGGGCGGAGGACAUCAGGGUGCAGCCGCGGCCGCGGCGGCGGCCGCCGCCGCCGCCGCGGCCACCGCGAGCUUCUUCCCCUCGCAUUUCUCUCAUCACGCGCCUCUAAACGAGAACGGGGAGCCGGCCAAGAUCAAGUGCAACCUGAGGAAACACAAGCCGAACCGGAAGCCGAGGACGCCUUUCACCACGCAACAAUUGCUCGCGCUCGAGAAGAAGUUCACCGAAAGGCAAUACCUGAGCGUCGCGGAGAGGGCCGAGUUCUCCUCCUCCCUGCACCUCACCGAGACCCAGGUGAAGAUCUGGUUUCAAAAUCGUCGCGCCAAGGCGAAACGCAUGCAGGAAGCGGAAAUCGAGAAGUUGCGGAUGUCGGCGGUCAGGCAGCACCACACCACGCUCUACGGCUCUCAUCCGGGACUUUUGACACCGGCCAGCCUCUACCCCGUCGGAAUGUUGUCCCAUCCAGGCCUCACGCCGCAUCACCCGAUCUCUCAGCACCCGUCCAGGGAAUGAGAGCGGCACGGGGAGAAGAAUCGGUAGUGAAUCGAUCGUUGCCUCCUUGAUUCGUUUGGAAUUGGGCCAGGCCUUUAUUCGGGCAGAUAUUUGGGGAGAAAUGUAAGAGGGAUGCAUUUAUGAGAUAUCGAGCCGGCUCUUCUGAAAUUUAUUUUUGGACCUGGAUGGAAGAACGAAGAAUGGUGGAAAAGAAGUACGUGGAAAAAUUGUUCAGGUAUUUAUCGAAGAAUGAAAUUGGUGGAGACGAGGAAGGAAGAUGGAGAAUGAAUGACAAGUGCGUUUUGGAUUUCGAAAUAAUAGCAAAAGUCUUGAGAAAUAUGAAGAAGUUUUAUCGAUUUAUCCUUCUUCGAGGCAAUCAAAAUGUGGAAAUAAAAAGAAAAAGAACGAAGAAAUUACUUUUCGGAUCGGUUUCCAGCCUCGAGUUAUUUAGGGGAAUGAAAAGAAACGUACAAGAAGAAUCGAGGAAUCCAAGACGAAUUCCAUAUUGAAUUGAUGAAAAUUAUCAACGAGAUCAAAUGGAAAGGAUGGAGUAUUUUCAUUCUAAAAAAAAGGUGUAACCAAAGUAAUUCUGAAAAAAAAAAAAAAAAAGAAGAAAACUCGAUUCCGAACUUUCUUUUUUUCAAUCACAUUCGUCGAAUAUAAUACGAAAACUCAUCCAUAAAGAGAAAGAGGGACAAGAACAAAAAGAGCAAAAUUUCGUUUCUCCAGGGGAGCACGUAUAACUUAUCCUGAAUCUGUGCCAAUAACGUUAUCGCCCGUCAUGUACAUAAAGUGUAAAUAAUCGUCGUUCACGCGUCGAGAAAAAUUCACCUGUAAAUACGAUGUUCGAUCUUUUAAACGACGAGUUUAUCGGAUCGACCCUGUUUUUUCCAAUUUUGUAUAAAUGUAAAACCGAGAAGAGUAGCAGAGUUUAUUUAAUAAACCACAGUAUAGAAGUAA